CGCCAGAAGGUAAACAAAGAUCAGCUGACUGGCGGCGGUGGGCGGCGGAGAGGCGGAGCACAAUACAGCAUCACACCAUCACAUGGAACACCACAACCAUGGCUCCUGUCACUCUCCCCGAGGACCUACAGGCCAAUCUGUCUCUGCUGAUGACGCAGGACACGCCCGUGGUGAAGGAGUUUUGUCGCUUGGCCACGCAGUACUUCCGGCAGGAGGUUAAGCCCAAGGUGUUUGGCUCCGCGGCCACGAAGCUCGGCGUCCAGCCCUCCCAGGUGGAGGAUGCAGUCCAGGCACUAGUGUUCCUGCUGAUCCGCUGUGCCCAGGUCAGCACUACCACCAGUGAGCUGCACAGCCUCUCCACCUCCUUAGGCUUCACUGAGGAUGCUGCUCAGGUGCUCACUGAUGCCUACACCAGCAGUGAGGCGGAGGUCAAGGAGUACCUCAAGACACAGGCAGUUAAGACACCACAGUACAAGAACCUGGAGUGGAGAUUUGACAUCCUGGUGGGGUCGCGCUCCCUCCGCCAUAUAGCCGAGCCACUCCUCACACUGCAGCUGUCCCUAGAUGCAGGUUCCAAUAGCAAGCUGGGAAGAGAAGAGGAGGCGUGUGAGAAGCUCCUCUUGCAAACUGACCCUAACAACCUCCUGCACAUCACUUCAGUGCUGGAGGAUGCCCUGCACGAGGCGAGGACGCACCACUCCCGCCGUGUCCAGAGAUACCUCAAGUAACACCUCAAGAUACGACAACUCCUCUCUCUCUUUCUCCUGGUGUACAGCAAAUGACGAGUACCUAGGUGUGUGUGUGUGUGUGUGUGUUUGUUUUGUUUCUUCUUUUUGCUCUUCAACAUCGAUAAAAAUCUUUCUCUCUUAAUUUCCUUGUACAGCCAAUAACAAUCUCUCACCCUAUGUGUAAAAAUAAAUGACAUUGUAUAGAAUGUAAAACCUGUAUAUUUCCAAUCUGGAGGCUCCUGAAUUUUAAUGGCAAUAAAUUUCAACUCAAUGCAUCUUGGAGCUAAAUUUUCAACAUUCAAUAUCAUCCCAUUGGGCCAUAUUUAUUUAUUUAUUUAUUUAUUUAUUUACUUCCAUUUUUGUUGUCCAAGGCCCCUCUUACAUAAAAGAUCCACACACCCAGGCCUUGACCCUUCCCUUCACAAAUGGCUGCACCCUAAUAUGAGAAGCAUGUCAUGGGAAUGAUUCCUAAGAGGGUCACCUUAUAACUGCUAUGAUAAUGUAUCCUACAGAUAAUUACUACUAGCACAGUACACAAAGAUUAUCAGGUAAUAUCCACAUAGGCUGGAGUACUGCCAUAUCUGUAAACUGUGUGGUACUGCUUCUAACCUAACCUCUCCUAACAGAAGCUACAUUCCACUCUGAGCUAGCCACUUCAUCUCUUCUAAUGUAACCUAUCCUAACCACUUCAAUAAGCUACAUUCCACCCUGAGCUAGCCACUUCAUCAGUCCUUCUAACCUAACUUAACCUAACCUAACAUAACCUAUCCUAACCAUUUCAAUAAGCUGCAUUCCACCCUGAGCAAGCCACUUCAUCAGUCCCUCUAACCUAACCUGACCUAACCAUUCCAAUAAGCUACAUAUACUACAUUCCACCUCAACCAAGCCACUUCCUCUGUCCUUCACCAACCUGAGCCUCAUUCCUGAAGCUUCCCUCUUGUAAUGACUGCAAUAAAUGUUCAGGUGAAGCUGGUGAGAUGUGCCAAAUGUGUGUGUGUGUGUUAGUGUGAGCAGGAACGAUGUGAAGGAGGAAUCAUGUGGUUUGUUCUGGGCAACUGUAAUGGUCCCAUCUGCCUUAGCCUUGUGUGUGGGUUGUGAGUGGCAAGACAUCUUGAAUUAUAUAGCUAUUACUUGCUAGAUACUGUGGUUCUGUGGUAUUGCUUUGGUUAGUAGGUGAAAGCCUUAAGUCAAUAACCUACAUACAAAUUAGGGCUUUUGAUAGAGAUAUGAAGUCUGUUUGUCACUUGUCUGAAAUUCUACAGCCAUUACUUCCAUUAAUCCAGAAAAAAAAAACGUAAUUUUCACACACACCAUAACCUUGUACUACACUGCCCUGUUCAUGUUUGUCAAGUGUAUGGGUUUGUAUUUUCCUAUCCAGGUUCUUCUACACAUUACAAUCUACAAAAAAGAAAAGAAAAAAAGUAAUUUCCGUGCAUAUUGCCUUGAUUAGAAGAUGAAGGCCUCAAGUCAACAUCCGAUAUACAAAUAAGGGCUUUUGGUAAGGAUAUAAAGUCCAUUUGUCACUCAUUUGAAAGAGUUACUGACCAAGCCAAACUUUUCAUACAUUUUGAUCCUCCUGUGACCAGCUGAGUAAGGCUUUUGGUAUGAAUAUGGUCUGCUUGCCACUCAUUUGAAAUAGUUACCAACCAAGCUAAACUUUUCAUACAUUUUAAUCCUCCUGCAAUCAGUGCGAGUGAGGGUUUUUAGAAGGGAUAUGAUGCCAAAUUGUCACAUAAAAUACCAAACCAAACUUUUCAUAUGCUUUAAUCCUCCUGCGACUGGUGUGAGUGAAAACCUUACAGCUCAGAGGUCUUAGUGACAUGUGGGUGUGGGUGCAUUGUGUGUGUGUGAGAGUGUGUGAGAAGUGAAUGAAGUGAUUACAGCAAGGGAUGGGUUUUGUAAAGAAUCCCAAGUACAUAACCAGACAUUUACACUAUUCUUUUCUCUGUGUAAGUGGAAUGUAUGUGCAAAUGAGUGAAUUAAAUGAUUUACUACAAUUAAUUUUAUACUGAACAGCAAGCACAUAACUACUGGCAUCUACAUUGAUCCUUUCUAUAUAUGUGUAAUGUAUGUGCUAUUGUGAGGAGUGAAUUAAAUGAUUACUGCUGUGAAUUUUGAAAGGAACGUGUUGGACAUAACCAGUUUAGUCUACAAUGCUGUGUUUUUUUCAGUAUAGAUAUUAGUGUGAUAUUUUUUGGGGCAAGAGAAUGUAGAAAAUAAAUAAAGUAAAAAAACUCAUCAAUUUAUGCAUAAGUGAUUAUUAUGAAUUUCGUAAUGAAUGACAACCACAUUAUAACUCAAGGCUACUUUACUUUUUUUUUUUCCGUGCAAUUUAUACGUGUUUCCUCCAAGACCUGACACCAGUUCUCUUGAGAUGCUCCCUCAGUACGUGUCUGUCUCCCAACACACAUAAUGACCACAAUGGCAAUCAUGUAAUGUGAUUUUUAUAUAUGGGGAGAAAAGACUGAUGAGAAUAAAUGCUUCUAUCUUGUA